AUGCAUUGGCCAGCCUUGAAUUCUUUCUCUGGGCUGGCUGGCCGGUGGUCUGACAGCGGCCUGGAAUUCCUGCGGGCUCCUCCGUCCACCGGGGCUGCAGAGCCGCGAGGCGCGCCAGAGGGAGCCUGUUUGAUUUUCCCAGAGGAAUGUCUGCCUCCCUCUGUGUUAGGGCAGCAAGGGAGGGCACUCUGCGGGUUCGGCCCAGUCCCUGUCAUGUGGACCGUGGUCACUACUGGGGUCCCCCCACCCACUCACAGGUGGCAGAGGAUGAUCCCUGGGGAGGGCCGGUGGGAUGAAGGCAUUUACAGAUCUCCAGGGCCCUGGGGCAGGCUGGGUCCCAGCACAUUCCUGUGGGUGGACGCCCCUCCUUCUCAGCCUGUGGGUGGCCCCAGUGCACAGGUAGGGGCAGGGGGGAAAGGCCUGGCAGGGGCCUGGAGGGUGGGUGGGCAUUCAGCGGCAGCUGUCCCAUCUCCAGCAAUCCUCAGCCUUGCAACAGCCAGAAAGCAGACGCAUCCCAGGGUCAGAACCCCAGGACAGAAAAGCCAGCUCCAGCUGACACCUAAGCCAGUUUAUUACCUUGAUGUCCACCUAGGUCAGGAUGGCCUGGCCCUCUUGAGGUUUCUGUCCAAAUCCUUCAGGAGCUGGGAGACAUCUGAAUCGGUUCUUGAGAGGCAGGAGGAACGUCACAUUUGCGGAGUGCCGACCGUGUGCCAAACACUCAAGGAGCUCUCUCUUGGUCCCCUACCUCCACGGGCAGGUAUGGGGAAGAAGCUAAGAGGGACCAAGAGCAGGCUCCAGGUUGGCCUGGGCGUGGGGGUUGUGAGUGGGGCCUUGCCCUCCUCUCACUGCCAAGUGAAGGCGACCUUUGGGUGCUCUGGGGUGGAGCGCAAGCCUCCAGCCCAUCUGUUGGGAUGUGCAUUUCGUCUUGAUGGCUUGGUGAGCCCCUGCUCAGCUCUGAGCCCUGCGUCUCUGAGUGGGUGA